GAUUCUCCAAUAUUGCUCCUCAACAUUUUGGUCCUCCUCUAAUUUGUGGUUCUUGAGAAUACAAAUCAUACAAAUUCUUUCUACAUCUCACCAAAGAUUUUCAUUCCAAUUUGCUCUACCCCACACCUUACAAACACCCUCCAAUUCUUCUUAUAUAAAGGACCAAACUUUGCUUCCUCAUUUCAAAAUCACCUCUUCUUUGAGUUUCAUUACUUACACAAAAUCUUCCACAUUUUGAAUAACCUUUUUCUCAUCUAAACCAUUACAAGUUUUUGUUAACUUUCAAAACCUUAAGAGUCUGUUUGGUGUUCAGGAUAUAUAAUUCGGUCGCAACCUCGAAGUAAUUUGUUUGUAGUUCAAGAAAUGGCAUCAAUGUCAGCAUCUGGUUCAUGGAGUGGUAAGGAGAACAAAGCAUUUGAAAGGGCUUUGGCUGUUUUUGAUAAGGACAGUCCUGAUCGUUGGUCCAACGUUGCUAAAGCUGUUGGUGGAGGAAAAACUGCUGAAGAUGUCAAGAGACACUAUGAACUUCUUGUUAGGGAUAUUAGGCACAUUGAAUCAGGUCAAGUUCCAUUCCCAAAUUACAACAACAAUGCUAGCUAAAGGUUUAGAAACAUGAAGCUCCAGUGAACAAAUGAUGUCAAUAAUGAAGAAUUUAUGAUUCUAAUUGUUAUGUAAUUUUUAUUUUUCAAUUUUAAUUUUAAUUUUUAGAAUCAUUGGAUUAGGUAUAAGUAUAUGGUGUUUCAUAUAUGUAGUGCCAGUGAUGUAGCAUUUUAGUGAAACUAUUUGUCAUAAGAAUCAUAUAUCCCAUGAUUCCAUUGUCCCACUUUUUUGUCGUUGGAAUAUCAACGGUUCUGUUUUUGUUCCAUUCCAAUCCUUAAUAAGAUUAUAAUUUUG